AUUCUGGUCCGGUCCGGUACAUACGGGAGCUCUCUGCGGAUUAUUGCCUUGGCUGCCCCACCCAGCCGGCUUCAAUUUACGCUGGCUUGCGCUGCGCUGCCCCCUUCGAAUCCUAUCGUGAGCCCUCGUACGGCCACGAUUGCGCAUAAAGAACAAAUGCCCUUCGGAAUUCACAAGCAUAGCAAUCGUUCAAGGCAGGCGUUGAACGAUCAAGGACACGGCGCUCAAGGCCAGGGCCAGGGCACAGCUCCUUCAUCAAUCGCGAGUAGUGGAGACCCAUCAGCCUUUCCACCACCACCAGUCUUCACACAUUCUGGCGAGCAGCAGCAGUAUCAACAGGGUCAAGUACAGGCGCAGACACAGCAACAACAGCAACCAGAUACACCACCACUGCUGCAACAACCGGCAUUCCAGCAAGCACCCCCUCACCCCGACUCCCAGCCCUAUCAGCGUCGCAGCCCUGCGCAAUCUCCAGACUUUGAACAGCGUCCAUAUCCGAGUGCUGCAGACCUCCCCUCACGGUCGCAGUCGACACGUUAUUCGAGUGCAUAUCCCGCGCCACAGAAACAGCACCAAGUCCUCCGGCCUCAAGCCGCCGGCUCUGCAGACGAUCUCUCUCUCGAUUCCCGAAGGUUUCAUCAGCAGCCAAGGGCACAACCCGCCCCGGCCCCCAUCCCCGAGCAGAGAAAGAGUAAAUCCAUAUUUGAGCGGAUGCGAGCAAGUUCAAACCGCUUAUCCCAAUCCGAACCGAAGAGCCUACCCCAGGGCCAGUACAAUAAUAACACAAGUGGGAUUUCUCGCCGGCUGUCUAAACGCCAAGAUAAUCCUCCCACUAUACGCACGGUGCCGCAUCAACAGAGGAACUCUUUGGAUCAGCAAAGGGUUGAUUGGCAACCGGGGCCGCAAGAUUCAAGGUCACACCUCCCCUCUCCACAAGAGGGCAACGAGGACGAUAGCGGACUCGACCCGUAUCUUAUUCGGGGGCCAGAUCAAGAGAACGUUCACCGCCGUAGUCCUCAAGAAGGACAAGGUCAACAACCCACCAUUCACCCAGUACAAAGCGAUUCUGAGCCAGCGCCCUUUCACUCAAACGACGAGGGCCGCCAGCAACUGCAAGCGCAGCAGCUACAGAAUCCACAACAGCACGGUACACAUCACCGGUCUACUUCGGGGUCAUUGAUCAACUACGAACUACAUAAUCAGAGUCACCACCCACAGCAACAAGUAAAUCACUAUCCUGGGCUAAUCAUACACGCUCCCUUCCAGCAACAAAACGCCGAGACUGUCUCACAGUUAUCCCACGAUUCACCCAUUGAACAAAGAGAAGAACAACGCCCGGUCUCUGUUCACUCGAACGGACAAUCUCCUACUACCUACCAACCCCCCCAAUUUCCGGACCGUUCAUCUUCUUUUCAAGGCCCGCGCCCUAUAUCUCAAGUCGUGCCUCCGAUGGCUCCUCCUACUGGCGCAUCUCAGCAAAAUCGCCGGUCUGCGGACCCGAAGCAGAGCCUGCAAGGCCCUCAAGGACAGCCAGAGUCGCGAGAAGGUCCACCACAAGGUCCACCACCAAACUACAGUAGUCGAGUACCGUCAUUUCAAGGCAAUAACCAGCCAGCUACCCCGGGACUAAGCCCAAUGCCCUCAUCUGCGAGCGCUCAAGGUUCUGCCUAUGGAGGAGGCCCACCUCAGAGGGAUCGAUUUGGCCCUGCAGCGCCUGGUGAACAAGGGCGAAGUACGCCACCCCCACAGCCAGCAAGCCAGGAUGUUGAAGCUGCCUACAAGGAACUCCAAAUAAAAUACAAAAAGGUCAAGGGUCUUUAUUUUGACAAGACAGCUCAGGUUGAGCAAUUGCAAAAUUCAUUAGCAAACCAGCGACUCUCCCAGUCUCGAACAUCACUCGAUGACAGUGAAUAUAUGACACGAUUCCAGCGUUUGGAUGGAGCUAUUACCAAUCUUGCAUUCAACAUACGGAAAGACUGGAACGUAGUGCCCGCAUGGCUAGUCCCAUUCACAAAUCAAGAAGCUAUGAAGAUAGGAAAGCAAGAAAUGACAGCCGUGGGCCGCGCUUGUAUAUCCAAAUUCCUUGUCGAUGAAGUUUUCAACCGGACGUUCCACCCAGGACUUGAGGAUAGCUUUAGCAGCAAUCUAAAGAGCAUCGAGCAAAACAUACGGCGUUUUUCACCAGCUUUAAACAAUCAAGAAGAAUCGGAUGCACUCACAGCAAAGGUAGUACAAUGGAGGUUGGCUACUUUGGAAGGUUUAAAGGAUACAUUGUCAACAGCGGAAAGCGAAGAGUACAAAAAGGAUUUCGCCCAAUAUGUUACAUCAAGACUGACAGCAAACUUGAUCAACUACUUGCAAGUGCCAGAACCUGCAGGUAUCGAUGUUAGUGCUCACAUGAUAGUUGAACUGGCAGUCAGCAUCGCAUCAAAUCUCCCUCUGGAAAGCCGAGAUAUCUCGAUUGUGUACCCGAUGCCUGGAGAUAUGCUACAGCCCUUCAUCAUGAAAACGGAAGCCGGGAUUCCACCGCUGGAAAAUCCAGGUAUAGACACAUCAAGUGAAAUAGAUGCGGCGAGUACGGGUAGUGGGGACAAGGAAGAGUCAGCGAAAGAAGGAGAGAAGCCAGAAAGCGGUAAACUGAGAAAGGAAAAGACAAAGAGCACAGGUGGCAUGUUACAAGCAAUGAUGGGCGGCGGUUCGAGCGCGCCAUCAGGCAAGAAACUUAGUGUCAGUUCGCAAGGCGGCCAGGAUGGUAGUAGUGAGGGGAAAGUCAAGGCAUCGACUGAAGAUGGGGCGCAAAAGGUCCGCUUUGCUGGGUUUGUUGGUGUAGAGGUUAGAGGGAGGCAGGUGUUGAGUAAAGCGCCUGUCUGGACGAUUGCAUGA